AUGACACGGUCGACCGACGACCGAGUGGCAGCCGGUCUGCUAACGCUGCCCGGUGAGGUGUUCUAUCACAUCGCGGCUUUCCUCGACCUCGCAGACGUGAUCCGCCUCAGAAAGACUUGCACGAUACUAUGCGACCUGACACGCGAGAAGAGCGUCUGGUUCGACAUCAUCCGCCGGCAGCAGCAAUACCUGCCCAUGCCCCCCGGCGCACGCGCACAGGACUCCCUCGCGGAGUACACAUCCUCCGAGCUCGAAUCCAUCGCCACCAAGGCCUACCACAUCGAGCGCACCUGGAAGCGCCCCCGGCAGACCCCCCUCAAGCGGUUCACGCCGCACUUCGGCUCGUUCAUCCUCGCGCUGGAGCUGUACCGCGACCGCUGGCUGCUCUGCGUCUACUCCGAGGGCGUCGUCGCGCUGUGGGACCUCGAGAAGCGCCCGGAGGCGGAGAUGGAGUCGUCGGCGUCGUGCCGCGCGUGCAUCAGGCUGCGCGGGAACCGCCCGUGGACGUCGUCCGUCUCGUGCCUGGACGCCGAUGACAGUGGUAUUAUCGUGGCCACGACGCGUACCGAGGGGCCCUCCACCACGUGUAUCUUCCGCAUACCGUUCACCCCGGGCGACGGGUAUCCCGACUACGACUACGAAGAGGUCGCGACGAUAUACAGCUCCUCGGCCCAGAUCGUGCGCGCUAUCAACCCGGGCCUGCACCUCGUCGCGUUCUCGCACUCCUGCUACAUCGACGUGAUCGACUGGCGCACGCAGGAGUGCUGCUCCAUAUCCGUGCGGUCCGAGGACCUCGAUGAGCUCUGGAACGGCAUCGUCGGCGUGCGUUUCUGCGACGCCCACAUCCUCUGCAUCAAGACCCGCUCAGUCGAGCUCUACCCCCUCCCCCCUCUCCCCAUCUCCUCCUCCGCCCCCGCCCCGCGCGUGCCCCCCACCACCUCGCGCGCCUUCCCCAACACGACCUUCCGCGGCGUCUCCAUCUCGCGCCCCUCCCCCUCGUCCCCGCACUCCAUCUCCUUCCUCGCAUACGACGUCCUCCGCGGGCUCUUCCACUACACCAUCUCGCUCCCCUCUCCCUCUCCCUCUCCCUCCCCGGCGGGUGAGCUGGCCGUCCGCCUCGCGGGCGUGCACGCGCUCACCUCGCUCGCGCGCUCGCCCAGCGUCUCCGCGCUCGCCGCCGAGAUCUCGGGGCGCAACACGGGGCGCGGGUUCGUGAGCGCGUGCGCGCUCGGCCCCGAGGGGCGGCGCGGGGUGUGGAUCGAGCGGACGCGGGGGAGCACGCGGCGGAGCGUCGUGGUGUUUUCGGCGACGACGCCCCUGGGGUGUGAGGGGGAGGGCGGGGAGAUCGACGGGCGGCCGGUGUAUGAAGUCGGGUCGUACGAUCUGCGAGAUGACUUGACGCAUUGUGCGUUCUCCGAAGUGACGGGGAGGAUUGCGCUGGGGACGCGGUCGGGGCAUAUUCAGGUGCUCUAGACUCGAGCAGGAGCGAUGUUGUGUGUUUUAUGCGGUGGCUGCUUUGAGAGUAGAGCAGGCAGCCCGAGGUGGUUCUGUGGCUCUUCCCAGUGACAGGAUGUUGCUUGCUUACGCCAGGAAUUUAUGGUAUCCUUUGGAGUCACUGGAUCUGUCUACGGUAGUGCCCAACCAUCUACCACAAGACUACUGCAAUUAUGUGGCAGUGGCAAGCAACGCC